AUGCAGCAUGCAGAGGAGGCGUCAGGGAGGCUUCGGUCGUCGCGUGGAGGGGGUGCCUUGAGGGAUGAGGCUGCCGUGAAAGUUUCCCGACGGGAGUCAGCAGCGAGCAGCUUUGCGGAUAGACUCUCAGCAAGUGCAGCGGAUGCAACAGCCGCAGCAACGGCGGCUGCCGCAGCAGCAGCAAGAGCAGCAGCAGCAGCAAGAGCAGCAGCAAGAGCAGCAGCGGCAUCCCCGCUUUCCCCAGCCGCUGCUCGCUCAAACGCCUGUCGCUCGCUUCUGGGGAACUCAUCAUCCGCUGCUGCAAGCACCGUUGCCUCCACAGCAACAGCAGCAGCAGCAGCAAGCACCUUUGCCGCCACAGCAACAGCAGCAGCAGCAGCAGCAGCAGCUUUGGGAGGCAGAACAAAGUCAGCAGCAGCCGCCGAGUCUGCAGCAGCAGCAGCAGCAGCAGCAGCAGAUCGCAGUGCAGCAAGAGCAGCCGCAGCAGCAGCAGCAAGAGCAGCCGCAGCAGCAGCAACAAGAGCAGCCGCAGCAGCAGCAACAAGAGCAGCCGCAGCAGCGGCACCAAGAGCUGCAACACCAACCGCCGCAGCAGCAGUACUCGCAGCGGCAGCAGGAGCUGCAUCCUCAUUCUAAGCCGCAGCCGCUGCACAGGAAGCUGCAAGAGGACAGCAGACGCAGCAGUGCACGAACGAUAGACGAGUUUUUUGCCUGAGUGCUUUCGGAGUAGGCUUCCUCCGUGAGGAGUUUUGGAGGGCUUUUUGGAGGCCUUAA